GCCUCCAGCAACGGUGGAGGGCCUCACUUGACAGUCACGCCACCAGCCAAGGUCGUCUUCUCGUCAGGGACGGGGGCGGUGCUGGCCUGUCUGGCGGAGGGGUCACCGCCCCCCACAGUGACCUGGGUCACCAGAGAGGGUCACCCGCUGGCAGCACAGUCUCCCAACAUGGAUGUUUUGGCUAACGGGUCAUUGGUGCUUCGCCCCUUCCCUCCAGAGAGGUACAGAGCGGACGUGCACGCCGCCACAGUGAGAUGCCGGGCAUCGAACCCCCUGGGAGCUGUGAUCUCCCCGCCCGUCACCCUCCAGGCAGUGGUGUGGCAGGACUUUACAGUGCGGGCGGAGGGUGGAAGAGCCAUGGUGGGUGGGUCAGCACUGCUACGGUGCCUUGUACCUGCCCACCUGGCCGCCCACGUCACGCCCACGGCCUGGGAGACGCCCACACAUACUAUCUACCCCUCCCUCACGCCAGAAGGGCGGUACCAGAUGGUGGGAUGGACGGGCGAUCUCCUGGUGCGGGAGGUCACCAGGGAGGACGCCUUCACCGCCUUCACCUGUAGGGUGAGGGACCAGCUUGGUGGAGGGCGAGAACUUACUUCCAGGUCCCCAGCCAAAAUCACCGUUCAGGAAUCUGGAGAGAUGACUCGCCCUGUUAUACAGGAGAAACGACGGUCCAUCACCGUGCCUGAAGGUGGUACUCUGGUUCUUCCUUGUGUAGCAGCAGCCACGCCCACUCCCACAGUAAGGUGGAGCUCCUACACGGGCGGGGGCGUGGGUGGUGUGGGCGUGCGCCUGGCGGAUAUGGGCGGCAUGGAGGACCGUCGCUCCUACGCACUCUCUCCCGGGGCGGCUGUCCUGGUGAUCGAGGCCGCCCACCCCUCAGACGCCCAUGCUUACACCUGCACCGCUAACAACUCCCUCGGCAUCGACCAGAUGAGUGUGGAGGUGGUGGUGGAGUCGAGGCUCUCUGUUGUCGUAACGCCCCGAGCUCUCACGGCUGAUCUUGGAGGCACCGCUACCUUUUCCUGCAGCGUCUCAGACACCGCAGCCACUGUGUCCUGGUACUACAAUGGAUCGCCUGUGGUGGGCAGCGGACGGGUGGUGGCAGCUGGACGGCAGCUGAUCGUGUCUGGGGUGACCCACGACGACCCUGGUAUGUACCAGUGCCAGGCACUGAGGGCCAGCCAGGCAGCACAGCAGGCGGCACAACUUAUGCUCGGAGACUCGCCCCCGGUGCUUCACUACCGCUUCAUCGAGCAGACCAUCCAACCCGGGCCGCCUGUCUCCCUAAAGUGUACCUCCGUGGGCAACCCCACCCCCUCCCUCACCUGGAGCCUUGACGGCCUCCCUAUAUCCCAGUCAGACAGGGUGAUGGUUGGGGAGCAGGUGGGUGCCCGGGGCAAGGUGGUCAGCCACGUCAACGUCUCCCACACUAGAGUUGAGGACGGUGGGCGCUACCAGUGUACGGCCACUAAUCGGGCGGGCUCCACUGCCCACGCUGCCAACCUUAACAUUUACGGAUUCCCGGUAACGAGGCCCUUGGCGACACUAACAGCCGUGGCAGACGAGCAGUUGGAACUGCGGUGUCCUGUGGCAGGUUACCCUCUCCACUCCUUCACCUGGAUCAAAGACGGUGUGGGUGUGAGCCAGGCCUUGGAGCGGCGCGUGAAGAGUGACGGGACGCUGGUGGUGGAACUGGUCCGCCAGCCUGAGGACGCCGGGGUCUACACCUGCACGGCCUCCACCAAGCAGGGUCGCUCGGCCACUGGUUCAGCUCGAGUGUCGGUGCUCGUACCCCCAAAGAUAGCACCGUUCGCUGCGGGUGAGCGGGUGGUAGCGGGUGAACGGCUGACGUUGACGUGUACCGUGUCAAGGGGAGAUGAGCCGCUCUCUCUGACGUGGCUGUGGGAUGGUUCUCCCCUCUCCUCGGGUGGUGCGCACAGUGGGGGCCUGUCCGUGGUCAACCUCAACACCUUCAACUCCGUGCUGAGCAUCGAGCGAGUGGGCCAACACCACGCUGGAGACUACACAUGCGUAGCUGCCAAUGCCGCCGCCGCCACCCGCUUCACCUACACCCUCACUGUCCACGUGCCGCCUACGUGGGUUCUGGAGCCUGGCGACACCAGAGUGAGCCGUGGCCACGCCCUGGUGGUGGAUUGUGUGGCUCGUGGUCACCCAGAGCCCACCGUCACCUGGAAGAAGAAAGUUGCUGGAAACAUUCAAGGUUCGGGACCCGAGGUGUACCGGAGCGUGGAGCUUGUGACGCCUCGAGCUGUCCACCUGUCUAAUGGGUCCCUGUACAUCGCCCGAGCUGAGCCGGACCACGCUGGGAGUUACGUCUGUCGCGCUGAGAACUCUGUCAGCCACCUCACCUCCACCAUCAACGUGGCUGUCAACUCGGCGCCAUACUUUACCGGCGGCAUCAACACGGUCGACGUCAGGGCGGGAGAGUCGGCCACUCUUGAGUGUCGGGUGAGAGGUGACCCUCCUCUCACCGUCACCUGGGCCCUCCGUGGUGCCUCCCUCCACCACUCACCCAGGUACUCAGAGAGUGUGUCCGUGGAGCCGGGGAGGGAGACGGUGGCUAAACUGGAGGUGAGUGCAGCCAUGCAGACGGACGCUGGUGUUUACACUUGCACGGCUCACAACACUUAUGGCAGGAACUCCCAGACGCUCAAGCUCAGUGUUCACGAGCCGCCAUCAGCACCUCGCGGGCUGCGGGUUGUGAGCGAGGGCUCGCGGGCGGUGCGGGUGUCCUGGACCGCACCUGACCCGCCACCCGCCUCUUACGUCCUGCAGUUCCGUCGCUCUCUGGAGGGCUGGGGCGAGGCCAGGGAAGUGACGGUGAAAGCCACGGGGAUCUCAACGGGCGUGGAGGUCUCGCCGCUCACGCCCGCCACUGACUACGUGGUCCGGGUAGUGGCCGUCAACCACCUGGGCAGGUCGCCACCCUCGGAAGACCUGCGGUUAACCACCUCGGCUGAGAAGCCCGGAGCGCCGCCUAGAGAUCUGCGAGCCGAAGCCACCGGAUCCCGGGAGGUGCGGGUGUCGUGGCGCCCUCCGCCACCGGACAGAGUUCACGGCACCAUCUUGGGGUAUUACCUGGGCUACGCCCCCGUCAUUCGUCAGGCUGGGUCUACGGGCGCUCCCCAGUACAACUUCACGACAGUGGAGAGCUCUGAGAGCGUGAGGAGCGGGCCAGAGGGCGAGGGGGUGUGGAGUGUGAGUGUGGCGGGACUCGCCCCUCACACUGACUACCACCUGGUGGUGCAGGCCUUCAACACCGAGGGUGCUGGCCCUCUGAGCUCCCCGGCCGCCGUCACCACCAGAGAGGACGCGCCGGGUGGAGCUCCUCAGGACCUGCGAUGCACCGGCUUCUCCUGGGACAGCGUCCAGAUCACCUGGGCGCCGCCUGACCCCCACCUGCACCAUGGCACGCUUAGGGGAUACAGACUGGAGUACGAGCGUUGGGACGGAUGGAGUGACGCCAGCCGCAGGACGCAGACGGCGGCGAUGACGGAGGUGCUGACGGGGCUGGAGGCGGCCACCAACUACAGCGUGCGGGUGCGGGCGUACACGGGCGUGGGCGACGGGCCCUGGUCGCCGCCCACACUCUGUACCACCGAGGAAGACGUUCCCGGACGACCUGGAAGCGUUCGAGGCGUGGUGUCGGGCCCCGGAGCCUUCAUCGUGUCCUGGGCGCCGCCGGCCAGGCCAGGGGGACGCAUCGUGUCGUACGCCGUGACCUGGCGCGUGGUGGAGACGCGCAUGGGCGGAGGGCGUGGGCGUGAGGGCGUAGUGACCGUGGCGGGCACCGUCACCUGGGUGCAGGUUGACAACGUAUUGGGGAGCCUGGUGGAGGUGGAGGUGGUGGCGGCGACACGGGUGGGUGAGGGGCCUCCAGGAGCGGCCCGGGUCACCCUCACCAACACCGUGCCUGCUGCUAUAUACUCCACCUCCGCCUUCGUCAGGGCGGAGCGUGGCCGUGACGUGACGCUGCCGUGUGGCCACGUGGGCCACCCGCGGCCGCAGCUGGUGUGGACGUACCAGGGGCGGCAGGUGGGUGGGGAACGACGCCUGGUGAAGGGCGACGGUGGCCUGGUGGUGCAGGAGGCGCAGCGUCAGGACUCGGGCAACUACACGUGCACUGCCACUAACACGCACGGCGUCGACCACAUCACGUACUCCCUCACAAUCCUGGUGCCGCCGUCAUCCCCGCUGGUGUUGGCAUCGUCGUCGUCGGAGCGGAGUGUCCAGGUCCAGUGGAAACAGGGCGACACUGGGGGCGCCCCCGUCACCGGCUACACACUCUACUACAGGAAGGACCACGGCGCCUGGACCCAGCUCAACGUUCACCGACACGCCCACUCACACGCCCUCCAGGAGCUGGAGUGUGGGUCUCGGUACCAUGUGUAUGUAGUGGCCCACAACAGUGUGGGUUCGAGCCCAGCCAGCACCACAGCGGUAGUGAGAACCCUGGGGGGCGCCCCACAGCCCCCGCCCUCCCUACAGUUCCUCACCGCCAACUCCUCCAGCGUGACGGUGUUCCCGAGGGCGUGGGUGGCCAGGGGCUGCCCCAUCACCCACAUGGUCCUCGAGUACCGCCAACGGGACGACCCACAUUGGGUCCAAGUCUCCAGUGGCGACCCCCAAGCGAGGAGAGUGGAGAUCGGGGGCAUGGUCCCAUCUACACCCUACGCCCUCAGGGUGACGGCGGUGGCCAGCGCCGGCUCCACCACCCACACUUACACCUUCACCACCCUCACCGCCACGGGAGAGCUGCCGCCGGCGUGGUCGGGCAAGGCGUCUCCUCAGUGGCUCUCCGUCAGGGUGCUGCUGCCUCUCCUGUCUUCCGUCGUCGCCCUGGCCUCCUCCCUCGCCCUCGUCUGCUACUGUGUCAGGAGGAAGACUUCUCCGUCAGGAGGCGGUGACGGAGACACGGAAGGAGGUAGCGAGGGCACAGGGCGCAGCGCCAACACCGCGGCCCGCGACAAUAAACAUAACCUGGCGCAGCGGGAGCAGUACUACGCCACCAUCAGGAAAGCAGCGCCAAGAGACCAGCAGAGCGACCUGAUACCCGAGAACGCAGAGGACAUCUACCCGUACGCCACCUUCCAGCUACCCGACCCGGCGCCCCCAGAUCCAAACCACAUCCCCAUGUAUCCGAUUUACCAGACCCGCACAGAUAAGAAAAUGGAAGGUUACGGGGAGGGGAAGAGGCGUGGGAGCCGUAGCCGCGGCCAGCGCCGAAGUCGUAGUCGUAGUAGAAGCCAGGGCCUGGCCGACAGCGGAGACGACUACGAGACCCUCGGGUCGGACACGGAGACCGAACACGGGGGAGUGUCGUCACGCACAGAGUCCUCCAACCAGCUAGACGACAUUCCCUCCAUCAGGGACCACACCGUGUAUGCGCGCGGCCCGGGGAACAAGGACCCUAGAGAUGCCGUGUACGCCAGAGAAGGCUCUAAGGACUCCAGGGACGCUGUAUACACGAGGGACGCCCCAAAGGAGACUAGAGACGCCGUAUAUACGAGAGAAGGCUCAAGGGAGAACAAUCCGGCCUUCCAGCAGAGGAUUCACCACAGACCCAGGUUCACGCCCCUGCCUCCUCCGCAGGUCUCGUGUGAUGGCCCAGAGCGAGGCCACCCCAGCGGCAGCGGCGGCGGCCCCACCGACGGCGCCUUCUGCUGCGCCGCCUCCGUCGUACCCCGGGGGCGCCCAAGGCUCUGGGCGCCCCAACCCAAGAGGCCCCAGCAAAGAGCCCCCGGAGGCGAGUGAAGCAGAGUGCGACAGAGACAUUCUUCCGCCGCCUCGACGCUACAGUGACGCCAAGUUCAAGGGCAGGAUGCUCGACUACUCUAUUGCUGUGUGAGGGACGGGUGGUAGAUCUCUCUCUACCUGUGUGAGGGACUGGUGGUAGAUAUCUCUCUACCUGUGUGAGGGACUGGUGGUAGAUCUCUCUACCUGUGUGAGGGACUGGUGAUAGAUCUCUCUCUACCUGUGUGAGGGACGGGUGAUAGAUCUCUCUCUACCUGGGUGAGGGACUGGUGGUAGAUUUCUCUACCUGUGUGAGGGACUGGUUGUAGAUCUCUCUCUACCUGUGUGAGGGACGGGUGAUAGAUCUCUCUCUACCUGGGUGAGGGACUGGUGGUUGAUCUCUCUACCUGUGUGAGGGACUGGUGGUAGAUCUCUCUCUACCUGUGUGAGGGACGGGUGGUAGAUCUCUCUCUACGUGUGUGAGGGACUGGUGGUAGAUCUCUCUACCUGUGUGAGGGACGGGUGAUAAGUCUUCUCAUGUGUGUUACAGGUGCUAAGACACGCUUCCUGGGUAUUAAGACAUGUGUGUUAGACAAAUGUUGGGACACGUUAGCUGUGUGUGAGAUAAGUACUAAAACUCAACUUAAGGAAAAGUGUUGGUGCUUGUAAAGUACAAGCGUUGGAGCUCUCUAGGUACGCAAGACAUUAGUGUUGAAGCUCUUCCGUCACACGAGAAACCGAGAAACAUUUCUGUGGCUCUAGAGCUGCGUAAUAUUCCGAUGUUGCAACUUGGUCACUCAUCAAGAGCGACUUGAAAAUGUUCUACGGUGAAACAGACAACUGCAAAGCUUUAGAUGUUUGCAAAAGACGAUCUUGACGCUAUUAAUCUGUGCAAGACAGCGAUGCGCCUCAUAAUUUGAUGACAGGACAAGUCUUGAAACGUUUCUACUGGUAUAACUAAUUGGGAAAAUUGGUUCAGCUUUUCCCAUCAUGUGAGGGAAAUGGUGCUGGAGUUCUUUGCCCAUCUGAUAGGGCUUUUUCCUCAUAAUAAGGAAAGGUAUGACUGUCACUUGGACGUGAUAUGAGAACAAAGAGCUAGGGUAUGAGGUUGGAGUGAAGGCAUGCUGCCCAACCCCUUAGACUGUACGAGUUAAUACAUUUUGGAAUUCUACCUCAAUGGAAGCAAUUAUAUGGUCUCUCUUCCAUGGUACUCGUCCCAUGUACAGUAAUUCAAAUUAUGGCGUCUAAUAAUAUGUGUAUGGCAGAUAAUAGCAUGUAUAAUAUAGUUAUGGUUAAUGAAAUCAUUGUGGACAAGAACUGCAAUUAAGUUCUCGAAGACGCACCAGUUAAACGUAGCAAAACCCUCAAAGACGUAACAGGUACGUCAGAUUGUUUUUGUUUUCUAGUAAAUUGUCUGGCAACCAGGAUCACCUAGUGUGACAUCUGUCAAAGGGGGUGCCCACACAUACACACACACCUGCUGUCAAGUGUCCCUAAAUAUACACCUGCCCUCACGUGCCCCCAACAUACACCUGUCCUCACAUGCCCCCAACAUACACGUGCCCUCACGUGCCCCUGCAUACACACACCUGCCCUCACGUGCCCUGCAUACACACACCUGCCCUCACAUGUACCCUACAUACAUACCUAUUCUCCUAACACCAUCAAUAUUACAUGUAUAUAUAUAAAACUAAUCCACUCAGCACUUCAUAUGAUGAACCUCGCUACAUGAAGGGCAUUGAGCGUCACAUUUCAACAGAGUAUCCUCUGUAUAUUUGUCUGUAUGUGUCAAUCAGAUCCCUGACCCAUGUGCCCAUCUAGUGCGAUCAAUCGGGCUAAUCGUGUAGCGUUAUUCUGUGUGAUAUAAUGACCUCUGGAAACACUGUAUGUAUCUAUAUAUAUAUAUAUAUAUAUA